AUGAGUGCUAGCAGCGAUUAAAGUACAUUUUUAGAUAAGGUUAAUGAGAAGCUAAUAGAAUGGCAAUUAGGCUUUGAAGAGCCCAUAUUUAGGUUAAUAAAUUCAAGAAGAAUUUAGUAAGGAGGUAUAUAAAAUCUCCCAAUUCAAGAAUAGGAAUACUUCACUUUUGAAACAAAUACUUUCAAGAUGGAAAUGUUUGCAGCUGCAUUUGCAAUUCCAAUUAACUUUUUUACUAUCAUGUACAAUAGGGAAGAAAAUAAAUAGGUUUUAAAGAAUAUGAAUAAAGUUAGAUUUUAUCACUAUGGUGCUUUAGCUACUUUAAUUCCUUGCGUUUGUGCAUUCGGAUAUUCUAUUUACAGAAGAUAUUGCAUAGAUACUCCUCAUGAAAAGGCAUUAACAUCAAAAUACUAUUCAGAAUUAAAAAACUUUGAAAAUAACUGA